AUGGGAGUUAUUCAAGAUAAAUUGGCGAAUGCGCUGAGAAUUGAGGAUCAACAAUUUGCGCGAGAAUUGUUGGCUGAAAUUAUUGGAACCUUCUUUUUGUUGGUGAGUCGGGUUAUUUUUUUGGAUUUUUCGAUUCAGAGGAUUUUUUUGAAUUUCAGAUCCGCAUAAUUGUAAUUUAUAAUUUCUGGAUCUGAUAAAUAAACCUUUUUAAAAAAUGAAGUUUUGAAAUAAUCAAAACCACAUUUUUUCAAUUUCUUCAAUUACUACAGUAUUUUAGUUUUCAAUUCGAUUCUGAAAAAAAUUGAUUCUGAAUAUUUAUAGAAUAAAGUUCUGACUUUGGAAGUUUCUAGUUUCUAAGUUUUGGGAUUUUGCAGAAUUUUAAAAAUCAAAUUUGAUUAGGAUUUUAAGAAGAAUAUUUCACAAAAAAAACUCUAAAAUGUUGCAGCUCAUCGGAAAUGCUGCAAACAUCCAAUCAGCGGUAGCCACCGGUGGAAAUUCAACAUCCUGCCAUAUUGCUUGGGGAAUCGGAUUCAUGUUUGCCGUCUAUCUCGCCGCCAGUGUCUCCGGAGCGCAUUUGAAUCCAGCUAUCUCAAUCGCCCAAUCCAUCCUUGGCAAUCUUCCAAGCUGGAAAAUCAUCCCAUACACUAUUGCUCAACUUAUCGGAGCUUUCCUUGGAGCAGCUGUGGCAUAUUUUGGACAUCAUGGUAAGUUUCGGAAAGGUUUCUAGUACUCAAUAGAGAUGUUUUGUUCAGAUGACUUAUGGAAACUUGAUGGUGGUAUUCGUCAAGUUACCGGGCUCCAAGCAACCGCUGGAUUGUUCACCACAUUCCCAUCAGAACAUAUGUCGGUUUGGGGAAGUUUGUUAGAUCAGGUUUGUGAUCUUUUAACAUCAAGUCAUAACCUUCAAAAAAUCACUCGCAUCAAUUUUGAUUGAUUAAAUUUGAUAUCAAUACAGAAUUUAUUUAUUUUUGGAAACAUUGGAACGGGAAUUGAUUUUAAAAAAUUUCAGAUUAUCGGAACUGCCCUUCUCUCUGGAUUGGUUUGCUUGAUCACCGAUAAGCGGCACAAGAUCCCUGAUGGAUGUGUUCCAGUUUUGGCUGGAAGUAUCAUGACUAUGGUGAGGAACUUCUAUCUGAGGGCACCGGAAAUUGACACUCUUCCAGGUCGCUAUGACAUUUGGAGCUAAUGGUGGAUUCGCCAUCAAUCCAGCUCGCGAUUUUGGACCACGUGUAUUCUGCCUCUGCGCCGGAUAUGGUUGGGAAGUGUUCAGCGCAAACGGUUAUUAUUUCUGGAUUCCAAUUGUUGGCGCAUUGAUUGGUGCAAUCAUUGGCGCUUGGAUUUACAAGAUUUUUGUCGGACUUCACGGAAUGAACGAGACAAUUGAUAUUCAACCAACAAAGGGAUUCAAUGUUAGUGUGAAUGUUGGCAAUUUGAAUGGAAAUACUAAUUCUUCUUAUUCCAAUGGAAAUUAUCAUAGCCCAAGAUACCCUAACUAACCCAUUUUUUUUCAGUUCAAGCAUGUUUUUUGAGAGUGUUUAUAAUAAAUUUGUAUAUUUUGUUGUCUUCAGUUAUUUUAGUUUUAUUUUUUUUAUCAAAAAACUUCCAGGAAAUGCAACGUAAUUCUGAAGGAAUUUUAAUUGGAUACGAUAACACAUUAUCCAGGUAAGAAAAUCAGUAUAGAAGAAAUUCACAGAAAACCCAAAUUUCUAGAGCCCACAAUGAUAUUCUUGACGCUGCUCACUCGCAAAUCCUCUCCCAUCCACAACAACUCCAAAAACCACAAUAUGCUACACCAAGCUAUCAAGUUUUUGAACAAAAUCGAACACAAAUUACCUCAACUGAUAGAAGAUAUUAA